UUAAUCCUAUCGUUACGACAAAAACUUGUGAAAAUCCUUUAAUUAAUUAGCAAUAAUCUGCUAAAAACGAGUCAUACAUUUCUAAACAUAUAUCUCCGCGUGGAGGAAAGUCCGCUCUCUCGUCACCUCUCCAUUCAUACAGACAUAUAAGAAACAAAAGUAUCCAUGGGUUCAGUUGGCCGGACAUCAAGGGAACUUUCUUUGCGGGCAAACGCAGGGAACUAUUCUCAAGAAACUGAACGGAACUGAAGAAACGUGUUUUAAGCUAAUCACGAAUGAUGUCAUCAAACCUUUGGUUCCCGAAUACUUGAAGACGAUUAAUAUGAAUAACGAUUCAUUUCUUGAACUCGAAGACCUUUUGGCAAAGUUUGAGAAUCCAUCGAUUAUGGACGUGAAGAUGGGAGUCCGCACUUACUUAGAGGACGAGUUAACUAAAGCCAGAGUUAGGCCUAAACUUCGAAAAGAU